AUGGAGCCACAUCCGGCCUCUACUUCCGAGUUCCAUACGCCAUUUGAGUUCCAAAUAGACGAGAGACAAAAUGAAAUAUCGUCCGACCCUUCUGCAGACACCAUAUCUAGGAUCUUGCGAUUUCGAAAGUCUUUACAGGCAACCGAGCAAAUAGGGCCCACAGAAGCCUUUGCCCAAGUGGAAAAAGACCAUGCACACGAUACUUGGAAGCAGAUCCAGCAGCUGAGCAAUUUGAGUGUUGAUUCAGAGCAUCUUCAAGAGUUGAUGGAUGAACUGCACAAUGAGCCGCUUCCCGAGUCUGACUCAAAUCCAAUCCCAUGCGCCUUCAAUGCAGCGGCCCCACUUGACACGCCUACAACAGGCCUUUGUACUGCCGUUGAGACUGCUUUAAAUCCUUCCUCGCAUGUGGAACAAUUGGCGUCCGAGGAGCCAUUAAACCCCCCGAUGCACAAAAAGAAUAUCCUGGAUUUAUGUGUGGAAGAACUGCGAAAUCUGAAGGAGUUCAUUUCAACCCAUCAAGAUGGAACCAUCACUUUGCUGUUGGAAACAAAAUCAAUCAUCAAUACCCGGGAUCCGAUUUUCAUUUUUUUAGCAUACCAGUCGGCCGGCAAUAUUUUGCUGCUAAUUGACCAUCUGAUGGCGUCUUUUCCAUCGAGCUGCAGUUGGUGGACCCCAUCUUUUGACUUGGAGUUGAUUCGCCAAAACUUGGAUGCAAUCCCAUCUUCCAUUUUGCAUGGCGACUCUCCAUCCUACCUAAGCUCAAGGAUGCAUUGGCUUGCAAAUAAAUUGUGA